CGAUAGCGCGGCGUAGCGACCCGAGUUUGUCCUGUAGUCGCACGGCGGACCGUUCUCUGCAGCAUACCAUACGUAUCACAGUCUAAAAACCUCAAACUCCAAACAUGGGCGUCGAAGGCUGUACGAAAUGCAUCAAAUAUAUGCUCUUUUUCUUCAAUUUCAUUUUCUGGCUGGCUGGAUGCGUAAUCCUCGGUGUUUCUCUUUGGCUUCGCCAUGACCAAAAGACCAGCAGUCUCAUGGAGCAGGAGUUUGAUGGCACAGAGGCACCCAGCACCUUCUACAUCAGUGUCUAUAUCCUGAUUGCUGUCGGUGCUGUGAUGAUGUUUGUUGGGUUCCUUGGUUGCUAUGGUGCCAUCCAGGAGUCGCAGUGCUUGCUUGGAACAUUCUUUGCCUGCCUGGUUAUGUUGUUUGCCUGCGAGGUUGCUGCCGGUAUCUGGGGAUUCAUUCAUAAGGACAAGAUUUCUAAAGAGAUGAUUACCUUCUACAAUUCUGUGUACGAUAAAGGCAUGAUGGAAGAAAUAGACCAAGACAAGAAAAAUGCAGCAGCUACUGUACUGAAGGCUUUCCAUGAGACUUUGCAUUGCUGUGGCAAAGGUACCUUUACCUUAGUGGCCACUAGCUGGCUAACCAAUCUGUGUCCUGGGAAGAAAGACAACAACAACAUUACACCGGACUGUCACUCCAAAAUCACAGAGCUCUUCAAUGAGAAGAUCUACCUGAUUGGUAUCGCAGCCUUGGUUGUUGCUGUUAUUAUGAUCUUUGAGAUGAUCUUCAGCAUGGUGUUGUGCUGUGGUAUUCGAAACAGCCCAGUGUACUGAAACCGCAUUGGCUAAGGAGCCUGUGGACGUGUGGCUCUGGGAGACACCAGCCAAUGAAGUGAAGGAAAGCUACUCUUAAGGGUUAACUUUGUAUCUACCAUAAUAAUGUAGUCAGUUUGUCUUAUGGAACAAGGAUGAUUUUAUUCCCUAGUGUCUUUUGUUUUGUUUUUUUUAUUUUAUUGUUGUUGCUAUGAUCCAGCCAUGACUGUCCCUCUCUGCACUUUGUGUAUGCUAUGUACUAUUGGCACCAACUGCUUGUUGAUAAUUAUGCCCAUGUACACAAUGGCAGAAUGUGACAGGUGACAAUUACAUGUGCUCACUCUCUCUCUCUCUCUCUCUCUCUCUCUCUCUCUCUCUCACACACACACACACAAACAAUUAUACUUUAAAGUUAAAGGUGUAAUGCUAUUGCUUUUGUUUCUGUCAUUUUCAUACAUUUGUACAAACAACCUGUAUAUACUGGCAGCCCUGAAUGACUUUCCAGCAUGGAGAUCGUAUUGAACAGACGCAUUGACCUUCUUUUGCUGAAUGCCUGUUUGUCUGUUUGCUCCUGAGAAGUGGACCACUAAUAAACAGUUGUAGGGAGAGAAAGAGGUCAAAACGCGAAACGUAGUGGAACUAAGAAUGUUGUGGUCUCUGUGCUUUCUCGGCUUCCUCUGUGCCAUGGAAUAUGGGCCAGCCUACCGCCCGUCUCUGUAGCCAUCGCGAGCAUGUUUUAGGAUCCCAGAUGAAUGUUCUUUAAACCUUUAAAUGUCUCUGUGUGACUAACACACUAGCAGUGUCUUCUCCUUGCAUGCUGUCUGCUUAGCACGGUUGGAAACCCCGGAUUCUCUUGCUUAGCUCUUGCUCUGACUGCUGGGGUCCCUCUGCCUUGCGACCCCUGGCCACGGCCACAUUCUGCCAUGGUGAGGUCUUAUAAACGCCUCUCAGCCUUAUUAAUAUAUUGUCCUACCCCAUAAACACCUACACUGCAUACCUAGAAUGUCCUGUUGGUUCCUAGUGGAAUUUCCUUUUUGUAUGUUGUACAAUAUCUUCUCUAGCUAUUUGCUAGAAUGCUUUAGAAAAAGCAUUAGAAAAAAAAGAUGAAAAAGAUGAUAGUAUUUUUUUUUUUCUCCAAAAUUCUGAUGGUGACUCCUCUUUGCCAAAUCGAAAGUGCUGGGAGUUGCUUGAAAAUCUCAUAGCUGUAAAAUCACUCUACUGAAAAUACUGUAAGAUUUUGGGGUGUAUGUGCAUGAUGUGUUGAAGUGAAGUCCAUUGGAAAGCUUUAGGUCCCUGAUGCUUAGUCCUAGCCCCUGAAUCCAAACCUGCUCUAGUUUUUAGUGACCAUGGAAUGUUUAGUUCCACUAAUUGACCACUGUCAUCACACCUAACUCCUAGAUUGGAAACAGGUGCAGAAAUGGGUCCUCAAGAAUCAUGGAAUGAGUAACGUGGUUCUAAUUCAUCCAGGAUUGGUUUUGACAAGCUCCAAGACAACCUCACUGUCAUUUUUGGUACUAGCAGUUACUGCAAUACCUCUACUAUCCUCUAGGUGUCACCCAAAGGGUGUUCAUUGACCCAGUUUUUCAAGCUCAAGGUCAAGCAAUCAUUAUGGUGCCACUUUAAACAUUUUCUGAAACAGGAAAGGUAAUAACAGUAAAGUUAUUAAUGCUUCAGUGUGUUUGGGGAAAGUCUACCAACAUCACAGGAGAAAAUAUACCUAAAUGUUAUUUAGUAAAUGAUUAUGAUGCACUUCUUCAAUCAUUUACAUCUCACUUAAACCAACACAUUCACAUGCACACACACUAUAUAUUUUGUUUUCCUACAUGCAAUCUGCAACUCUGUAAUGUUAACACAUAAUGCCUAUGCUAAUAUGCUGAAAACUGUCUUGUAAUAUGUACAGCAAUAUAUUAUUGUACUAAUGACUAUGUAAAGGCAAUAUAUGCCUUUUUAUUGUGAUAUCUUUUUUUUCCUGGUACUUUGUCUAUGUAAGCAAAAAAGAGGACAGAGAUUCCAGUUAAAGCUUUCCAGACACUGUGGGAUCCUUAAAGGUCAAUAGACUGACUAAAACAUUAACUGGACAGUUUUGGAUGAAAAACUGUUUUGGAUGAAAAGAGCUGAAAUCAUGAAUUGGUCAUUAUGAUCUUUGCAGGACCCAGACUGGCAGCUCUCACUCAGAUCUCUGGCCUGAUUUACCACUCAUCAUUUUUGGUUCAGUUUUGUUGCAGAAUACUAAAUGUAUUUUACAAAUAAUA